CUGCAUCUGACAUAUGACAUUUGUGUUGCGUCUCGUGUUUGUGUUUUGCUCGUGCGAGAAGAAAAGAUUGCGAAAUUCGUGGGUGUUUUCUUUAUUUGUUUCCCACCUUCACAUCCCAGCUCCAUCAUUGGCAAUCGCUCUUUCACUUCCUCAAAAGUCCAUGGAGCCCCCGAGAAUCUCGCUGCCGUCUCAGAAGGAAUAACUGUGCUCUUGGUGCUCUCCAAGUGCGCGUACAUGACUCAAUGAUACCGUUUUUUUCUUCAAUUUUGCUCUCACUGAGCUCAAUUUGCCAGUAAAUUGGGAUAAAAAGUGCUUGUGGUCAAUUACACUAAUGCCUCUGGGAGUGUCUGUGAAGUGUUCCAAGUUUUGAGAGGGAAUUCUGCUUCCGGAAAGGUGUUUUUUGUGUGGAAGGAAAAAUGAGUUCACCAGUUGUCACAAGAAGAGCUGCCCAGAAGGCUAAGAUUCAGACCAGAUCCGUGGCCAGUGGAACUGCGAGACCACAGAGCUCAGCACUUCUUGAAGCAAAGAAACGCGCUCGUCAGAAGAUCUCCAGCGGUGAGAAGAGAAACAGUGACAUCCAGACACUCAGGGAUCCCUAUCAGACUACCAUGGAGGCCAGAAACUUGAUUCACGGAGCCACGGGAUUGGUCUACGAUCGCCAAAUGGCACAGCAUUUGUGUCUCUGGGAUGAAAACUACCCAGAAUGUCCGGCUCGAUUGACAAGUGUCCUGGACAGGUGCCAGGAGCUCAAGCUUUUCGAGCGAUGCCAGAAAAUUGAUCCAAAGCCAGCCACGAAGGAGCAAAUCCUUCUGAAGCACACCGAGGAGCACUUUGAGAUCCUCAAAAAGACCAGUGGGAGCCACGAUGAAGUCGCCUUGGAGGAUCUUAGCUCCCGUUUUGACGCAAUCUACAUCCAUCCGACAACAUUUGAAUUGUCAGUUCAGUGUGUGGGCAGCACGGUGGAGUUGGUGAGUGCUGUGGCUGAGGGUCGGGUGCUGAAUGGGAUGGCGAUAAUUCGUCCACCUGGCCAUCAUGCAAUGAAGGCAGAAUUCAAUGGGUACUGCUUUUUCAACAAUGUGGCAAUAGCUGCAGAGGAAAUUCUCCGACGGGGCGACAUUAAGCGAAUUUUAAUUGUCGACUGGGAUAUCCAUCAUGGGCAGGGUACCCAGAGGAUGUUCUAUGAUGAUCCCCGUGUGCUGUAUUUCUCCAUUCAUCGCUAUGAGAAUGGGGCAUUUUGGCCGAAUUUGCGCGAAUCGGACUUCGAUUGGGUGGGCGAAGGUGCUGGCAGGGGAUUCAAUUUCAAUUUGCCACUCAAUCAGACUGGCAUGACCAACGCCGACUAUUUGGCCAUCUUCCAGCAAAUUCUCCUGCCGGUGGCGAUUGAGUUUCAACCACAACUAGUGAUAGUCUCGGCAGGAUAUGAUGCAGCAUACGGAUGUCCAGAGGGGGAAAUGGAGGUUACUCCUGCAGCCUAUACUCAUCUCCUGUCUCCUCUGAUGUCUCUGGCCGAGGGAAAAGUGGCUGUGAUUCUCGAAGGUGGUUACUGCCUUCGGUCUCUGGCCGAAGGAGCAGCUCUCACUCUGAGAACUCUCCUUGGGGAUCCUUGUCCCAAUAUUGAGCCACUGGAAGCUCCAUGUGAGAGUGUCCAGGAGACAAUUCUCAAUUGCAUUUCCGUCCAGAGGCCAUUUUGGAAGUGUUUGCAAGUCCAUCGGACGUAUGGCCUGGAGGAGGUUAAUAAUAUCAAUCCACCGAGGGAAUUGCAUCAGGUGGUGUCGGUUUUUAAGGGUAUUACAGAGCGUCCUGAACGCUUUGACACGCGCAAUUGCUAUCCGGUGCAGAAUGAGGAACGCAUCCGGACGGUUAAUGAACGUCUGCAGCGUCUGGAGAUGAGCACAAAUCUCAGGGUGGCACCAAAUAGGGUGUGUUUGGUGUAUGACGAGGCUAUGGCUGAGCAUCGGAAUGUGUUUGAGGUGCAUCCGGAGUGUCCCAAGAGAAUUACGUCAAUUUGGGACAAAUUGGGGGAAUUUGGUGUUGUUGGACGAAUGCAUCGGGUUGGUAGUAGGGUAGCCACGGUGGAGGAAUUGUGUCUGGUGCAUUCGCCGGAGCAUGUGAAGUUGAUGGAGGAGAGUGUGCAGAGGAAGGAUCUCGAGGUGAUUGGGGAGCAAUACAAUUCAGUGUAUUUUCACAGUUCUACUUGGAAUUGUGCCACUUUGGCAGCAGGAUCUGUCCUUCAAGUGGUCGAUGAUGUUCUCAAUGGUAAUUCGAGGUGUGGUGUUUGUGUUGUCCGUCCGCCUGGACAUCAUGCAGAAUCCGAUCUUCCGCACGGUUUCUGCAUUUUCAAUAAUGUCUCCGUGGCAGCUGAAUAUGCUGUCCGGAGUCAUGGACUGAAGCGUGUCUUGAUUGUCGAUUGGGAUGUCCACCAUGGCAAUGGGACACAGCAUAUCUUUGAAACACGUCGCGAUGUCCUCUACAUCUCCCUCCAUCGCUUCGAUCAGGGCAAUUUCUUCCCGAAGGGACCCGAUGGGGAUUAUGUGGAAGUUGGCAGUGGAACCGGUGAGGGAUUCAAUGUCAAUAUUCCGUGGAAUAGGAGGGGAAUGGGAGAUGCAGAGUACACAGCAGCAUUUCACAACAUCAUCAUGCCCAUUGCAUAUGAAUUCGAUCCGGAGCUGGUGCUGGUGUCGGCGGGAUUCGAUGCUGCAAUUGGGGAUCCAUUGGGCGGAUGCAAAGUCUCCCCUGAGGCUUAUGGUCAUUUCACACAUUGGCUGUCGUCUCUGGCAAAUGGACGGGUUAUCAUUUGUCUGGAGGGUGGAUACAACGUCAAUUCCAUCGCCUACGCUAUGACCAUGUGCUCAAAGGCACUUCUCGGUGAUCCCCUACCACCCCUUGACAUUUGCAAUCGGGAUUUGAACUCCAGCUGCAUAGAGACAAUUCGCAAUGUUUUGUCGGUGCAGAAGAAGUACUGGAAGUGUUUGAAGUUUAACAAAAAGGUGCCCAACUUCGUGAGCGAAGAUACAACCAAUCUCAGUGAAAUGGUGCAGGGAAUGACGAUUUCAGAUGAGCCUUGUGAUAGUGACAGUACAAAUGAACGGACCAGAAAUGCAGGAAAUGAACCACAACCGGGUCCAUCGGGUUCACGUGGUGAGGUGAAGAAGGAUCAUCAAUCAUUGAGUGAUUACUUGGCGGAAAAUGCCGCUGCUUUGGCCAAUGAAGAGAUGUUUGCGGUGGUUCCACUGAAAAAUUGCCCACAUCUCGCACUGCUGGAUCCUUCCCAGGCGCCAAAUGAGAUCAAUACGAAUGUUCCAUGCGAGGAAUGUGCGAGUCCUCGUGAAAAUUGGAUUUGCCUACAUUGUUUCCGGACACUCUGUGGUCGCUAUGUGGGUGAACAUAUGCUCUAUCAUCAUCUGGAUACCGAGCAUCCACUCGCGCUGAGUUUUAGCGAUUUGUCUGUUUGGUGUUACAAAUGUGAAUCCUACAUCGAUAAUCCUAUGCUGUACAAGUACAAAAAUAUGGCACAUGUGAGCAAGUUUGGCGGGGAGGAGAUGGUUUGGCCAUACGGAAGUGACACCCUUCACCUCACAAUGGAUGGUACACCGAAAAACUGAUAUUUACAGCAUUUUGCAGCAUUUUGGAUUUCAAAUUUUGUGGAUUAUUUUAUAACAAAGAUAACUUGUUCAUUUUUUUUCUAUUGACGAAAUCCUCUAACCCCUUUUUUUACCUUUAAAAUAACGAAUUUAACUUGCAACACAUUGAAAUAUGAGGCACAGAUAAAGAAACUAAAUAUUUAUAUUAUUUCUUUGAUUAAUACACGGGAAAAUAAGGAAUGUUCAAGAUUGACAAUAUACUCAAGGAAAUAUAAUAAAAGAAACACUGUUUGCAGGGUUUAAGGGUAGAAGAGAUGAGAGAGAUGCAUUUUUUGGAAUUUAGAUGCCCCGCCCAUUUAAAACCACGCCUAUUUGUCAUGUAUUCGACCCUUGUAUCUGUUGCAGAAAAAGUAUCUAUCCCACCUUUUGACAAAUCAUAACAUAGGACAAAAUGGAAGACACGCCCUCUCUGGGAGAUUUCGUGACUCUUUCUGAAGCAACUCUAAAAAAAAUGUGCCCUAAAAUAACAAUUCGUGAUCGGGUCUUAAGAAUCCCGCCCACUAAAAAUAAGCUCCACCCCACUGAGAGUCCAUUAAAAAAGAUAAAAAGCAAUUCGAAUAAUUUUCGAAGUAUAAUUUAACUUUGUCUUCUCCUUUUCGAGAUUUAAAAACACCUUUCAGUAUGAAAGACAAUGGAAUUGUCCCUAUAGCCAACAGCCGCGGCGAUUCCAUUGGAUUUCCAGCACCCUUUUCUGCCAUGUUCGCUGACUUUACCGCUAAAAAUCCACGUGGAGUUCCCUGGAUUUUACCGCUCAAAAUCCGCGUAAGCUUCCGAGAUGGAAUUUGACGCUAAAUUUCUUCCUAGCGUUCCAUGGACGUUUGCGAAACUCUGCAUAGGAACGUCUAAUAAGAAAUGUCCGCGAGUUUCCGUGGACUUUUCUCUGACGAAUAUUUCCACGUCUUUUCCCAUGGAUUAUUAGCGGUAUAACCGGCAAUCAUCCCUUUAAAAAAUCGGAAAAAUCCUCUUUAUUUUCACGAAAUUAUCCGUGGAAAUUUCCAUGCAACGGCCUUAGUGGUUUCCGUGGUUUAAUAUUACGGAAUUCCACGACUUUUCCAGUGGAUUUUUUAAAAAUAUUUUUCUUCAAAAUAAUUCCAAAAAUUGAUUAAAAAUGACGUGAAAUUUUCAUAGAGAAUUUCCACAAAAAACAUCCAUAAAUAAAAGGACGAUCAAUGCCAAUUGGAAACUUUGAACUUGUAGAGUAUUCAUCUAGCAGACGAACACUCAGUUCUACUUUUGAGUUGAAAAUAUUGCUACCAUAUCGUUCAUUUGAGUGUGUCUAGCUCGCGAGAAUUAUAGCGUUAUGGCGAAAAAUAAUUGCAGAUUUUUCGCGUUUACUUCCAUGGAGUCUUGCCCGGAAAGAUACCAGAAAAUAUCCUCGGAAUAUUCAAUGGAAAUUUUGUUUAAAUUUCCACGGAAUGCUCUUAGAUAAUUGCAAGAAAAUACUUCGGAAUUUUUCUCAAGGAAAUCCGCACGAAAAAAAGCUGAUAACUCCACAAAAUUCCAAGCGGAAUAUUAACGUUUAUUUCCCCGGAAACUCACGCGGAAAAAUAGGAGAUAAAUUCUAUGGAUCUUUCCGUUACUGUGAAACUUUGCGGCCGAUCGGCUACAGGGGUGGUUUUGGAUACGAGCAAUACACGAAGGGCGUGGCUUUAAGGUAAGAGUAGAAUUAGGUUUUAUAAAUAAAAUGGGCGUUGUUCCUAAAUGAGCAUAACAGCAUCAUGUAAAGCACAUUAUUCAAGAGGAAGAAAACAUAGAAUCUGUUUCACCUCUUCUACCCUUGUUCCAUUUGCAGGUUAAAAGACUCCACUUGAAGAUGUUUUAUUUCCUCUUUUGAUAAUCGGAAUGUAAGAAGACAUUUUAUACAUGCAUUUAAUGAAAGACGGAAUAUUAUUUGGAAAUUUAAUAUGAAGAAUUUUUAAGUUUCAGGAACAAUGUCUUAUUUUUAAUUCUCUUAUUUUGUAGGAAGGUAGUAAAGGACCACUUAAAUAUAGUCCCUCAGGUUUUAAAAGUUACGCUUCCCUUUGAUCGUAAAAAAUGUUUUCAAAAGCCUAGGCCUCUAUAUCUCUUGAGCGUUUCAAAUAGUUCACGUCCUUUCUAGAAGAUGAUUUCGAUACUUUUCCAAUUGAUCCUUUUGAAACUUUACAAACCUUCCAAAAGAUAACUCUUGGGAAAUCUUUGAAACGGACUAGGGUAAGUUGGGGUAAUUUGAAAUCCUGUCUAAUUAGGCACUUUAAGAUUUCCUAACAGUUUUAGAUGGCAAAAGCAGAGAUAAGCAACGAAGAAGUACUACUUUUUCGUGGUUCUCUUGUUCUCUUUGAUCAUCAUGUGCAAUAUUUUGAUAAGGUAUUGCUUAGGAUCCAAAUAGAUCCUAGGUGAUCAACUAUAAUAUAUUCAGCCUAUAAAGUUUGCCAGUAUAUUUGCAUCCCAAAUUGGCCAUACACUGGGAUCUUAAGAUUAUCGAUUAGAGGUCCCCUGCGAAACUAAAUAUUCUUGGGAAUCGGCCUGCGUUUAUUUCUACCGAAAUAUGGACCUUUCUUGACUUUUUCUCUUUAAUUCUUCACGACGACGUUUCGAGGACGGGUUUCGAACUUUAUAAGGUUUCGACUUUGGAGAAAAAUCACGUACAGGCGAGGAGAUGUGCUGCUACAUUACAUUUGGACUUGGUCAUACUCCUCUGCUGUCAGUCCUCUGAAUGGUGAAUUCAAAGGAGAAGAGUGAUCAUGUCCAAGUGCAGUGCAUCAAAAAACCAUCCUGUCUAUACGUGGUUUUCCCUCCAAGUUCGAAACCUAAUGAAAAAGACGGCUAUCCUCGAAGGAUCAUGAAGAAUUAAAGAGAAAAAAGGUCUAUUUUUCCGUCCACAAUCUGCUAACAACCAUUCAGACUAAAAAUUAAUUCAAGACCUAUUUGGGUCCUUAGGUUUUUCUUGGCCAGAUAAUUCUUGAGACUUUCGGGAAAUCAAAUUUUGCUGAUAGGUCAUUUUGAUACUUGUAGAGGUAUAAAAUUGAAGUGCCCCAAUUCACUCCCGAACUUCCUCAAUCGCGAAAUGCCCUUGGAAAUGGCACUUACCAUGAAACACUUGAUGGUGGUCCUCAAUGUGCACGGUUAAGCUCUCGUGACGAAGUGUCGCUACUGGCCAGAGGGAACCGUCAUGCUUCGAAUAUAACGGACAGUGCCACAGUGAGAUUGUAGAGAUUGACUCUACUUUACUGUGUUGUCGGAAAAAACAACUACAAAAUGUUGAUUUCAUUAUCGGAUAUUUCGAGGAAGAAAUUAGUAAAAAUCACAUCUUCUUCUCAAGAAAAUGUUCAAGUCUAACUUCUGAGCAAAUUUUUUGUAUUACUGGGGUGUUUUUUCUCUGCCAUACAGACCAGAUUUCACUGUGUCCCAAAAGUCAGACGCUAAAGAGGGUGCCCCUUAGAAGAUUGUCCGCACUACCUUAGCUACAUAUUCCUCCUAGUUUGAUAUCUGAAUCUGAAAUGCAACUAAGUCCUUCUUAUCAGCAGUUCGUUCUGGGACUGCUGCACCUAUUCUCCUACUCGGGCCCAUUAUACAUCCCCGUUUAUAGCUUUCCCUCCCGAAGUAUAUGCUUAAGUGUUAAUUUCUUUGUAAAGAUUGCAUUAAGGGAACUUUCAAAGUAUUAUGCCAUGAUUCUUUUCACCGUUUCCUAGAAAAACUUUUAUUAGGUAAGUUUCUUAACAAUCUCACCUUUUCCUUUGGAUACUCCGUGUACUUCUUCUAGGAAUGCAAAUCUUGCUGCAGAGUAUAAAACUUCCCAAAACGCAAAUCCCAGAUCUCUGCAGGAUGUAUUCCUGACAGAAAUGUUUCCUCUAUAGCUUAUGCAAAAUUGCCCAUAUGCUUCAAAAGACGUUUUUUUUAGGUUUGGAGUCGAAAACGCUACUAUCAUAGAUCUUGUAUGGGCCUUCUACUUUGACAGUUUUCUGUUAUUUUCUCUCCCGAAGUAUAUGCUUGACUGUUGACUUGUUUUUUUAAACAAAUCAGUUCGGUUUGGAAGUAUGAAUACAUUGAGUAACUGAAGAUUAUUUGAAUACGAUCAAUUGGAAAUGUAAAGAAGCUCAGUUGGGUGUCUAAGAAUAAGAAAAAGCUGGAGUGCCCUUCGUUGUCCAACUUCUAGAAUAGAAGCCAUAUUGUCCAUUCCAACAAAGCACAGAAAUCUACCUUCCACUCAGCUUAAUUUGACCAAUUAAGACCAUUAACUUGACCAUUUUGUGGAUCGUUUUUAGUAGGUUCAAAACUACCUAUCCUGUGAAAGUAGAGAUUUAAAUACAAAGGUUAUGAAAAACAAAUAUUAAAUAGUUUUUUUUGUAGUAUUCCUUUAAUAAAUAGACAUGGGAUAGUUUUGUGUAGAUAAUAACUUCCAUAUUGUAAUGAUUAGUUUACAGAAUACUUUAUUAAAGGAACCCUGUAAAUGAUAGUUGUAGAGAUUAAAAAAAAAGAUAUAAGAUAUAAAUUUUAUAGAGUGAGAAACCGUUCCAAAAUUCAGAAAAUUAUAAAUGUUACAUAGCAAUUUAGAAAAUCUAAAGUUCCUUUUCGAAACAAGAAAUGUAAAUGUUUUCAUAUUUCAAAAAAAUAGUUUUUGAGUUUUUCCGUAGAACCUUCAGUGUAGUUUUUUUAGAAACAUUUUUUUUGUAGAAUUUAUUAAUGGUGGACAUGAAGAAAUACUACGUUAUUGAACUAAACUUAAAAUCCCGUCAGUGAAUUGUUUUUGUAAAAUAACCAAAGAAUAACAAAUGGCUAAAACUGACAGAAAUAGAACGAGGAAAUGGGAAACUAAAAAGAGGAUUGAAUAAAUAUUUUGUGUAAAAAUCAAUUAACCAAAGGAAUUCAUAAGAAAAACUCCUGUUUCGUCUAAAUUUUGGAUUUGGUUUUCUCAAAUUUUUAAAACAAAAUAUUGGUUACAACUGAUUGUGAGAGAUAAAGAGAAGAUCAAAUAAAAACUUCAGGGUCUAACAAGAGA